GAUGCACACCUACUUGAGACUUUUUAUGGGACUGUUUUAACAACUGAUCUCCAUCCUUUGUGUGUCUGAGUGUGAAUGAACGAAUCCAUCCUCGCCGUCUCACGCUCGGGAUUGUGUAAUAAACAGGAUGACUUCUCAACAGCCCAGGCCCUUCGUCAUGUCACACCACUCCAGCCAGUGGAGCUCUGAAAUCUGUGACUGCUGUCAGGAUGUACCAGAGUGUUGCUUUGCGUUUUGGUGCUUCCCCUGUUUUGCCUGUUCGACGGCUCGUAAGCAUGGCGAGUGUCUGUGUCUGCCUCUGCUCGACGGAUUUGGAUGCAUUCCACCAAUAACAAUGGCCAUGAGAGUAUCAGUGCGCAAUCGCUAUGGAAUCCAGGGUACUAUCUGUAAUGAUUGUGCUUAUUCCACCUUCUGUGGCAUCUGCGUCUGGUGUCAGAUGUCCAGAGAAAUGAAUGUCCGUGACAACAACAUCACUCUUGUCCACACUCGAGGAAAAUAA